CUGCGCGCACGUUCACGAGCCAGUCAGACGAGCGACACACACAGAAGAUACGCACAUGUGACACAAAACUAACUUUGGGAGCAGAAUGUCUGUAAAUGCCCCGAGCAGCAAUGAUGCCUGUUUAAGCAUCGUUCACAGCUUGAUGUGCCACCGGCAGGGAGGAGAGAAUGAGAGCUUCGCCAAACGUGCCAUCGAAAGCCUGGUAAAGAAACUCAAAGAGAAGCGAGACGAGCUGGACUCUCUCAUCACCGCGAUCACUACAAAUGGAGUUCAUCCAAGCAAGUGUGUCACCAUUCAAAGAACGCUGGACGGACGUUUGCAGGUGGCUGGACGGAAGGGUUUCCCUCAUGUCAUAUACGCUCGUCUGUGGAGAUGGCCGGAUCUUCACAAGAAUGAACUCAAACAUGUCAAGUUCUGUCAGUAUGCGUUCGAUCUGAAGUAUGAUAACGUGUGUGUGAACCCCUACCACUAUGAGCGUGUGGUGUCUCCUGGGAUAGUGGGAUUCAGUUUGCCAAACUCAGGCAGGCUGAUAAAAGAAGAGCACAUACAUGACUGCAUCCAGUUGGAGGGUCCGUCGAGUAUGACUUUACAGCAUGACCACCAUCCUCCAGAUCACUACAGCCCACAGCCGCUGAGACUGAUGUCCCCGGAGCCACCCCAGAGGACCACUUCAUCUGUGACUCUCUAUCCCAACCUGCCCAUUUCUCCUCCCCCGAGCGCUCCUAGGUUGUCCAUUCAGGCUGAACAUCCUGAAGGUCUUCUCCAGAUCGCAUCACCAGCAGGACGGGCCUUGUCCACCAGCUCUCCACCUUCCACCCCAACACACAGUCAUCCACCCACACACAGCCAACCCUCAUCCCAGCAGCCUUCUGUCAGCCAGAACGAAUACAGCAAUUCCAAGCACACACAGACACAGAGCUCUUACCAUACGACGACUUGGACAGGGACCAGCACAGCCUCUUAUACUCCUACUGGACCACAGCAGAAUGGGCGAAGUCACCAGCAAGCCCCUCCCCCUCACACCAGCCACUUCUGGUCUCAGCAUCACACACCGACUUCAUAUCCUCAACCAGUCUCCAACCAUCCAGGCCCUGAGUUCUGGUGCUCAAUCUCUUAUUUUGAGAUGGAUGUGCAGGUUGGGGAGAUGUUCAAGGUGCUAGCAAACUGUCCAGUGGUAACGGUGGAUGGAUAUGUGGACCCUUCCGGUGGAGACCGCUUCUGUCUGGGUCAGCUUAGCAAUGUUCACCGAACUGAUGCCAGCGAGAGGGCACGGCUUCACAUUGGUAAAGGGGUUCAGCUGGAGUGCCGUGGGGAAGGGGAUGUGUGGAUGCGUUGCCUUAGUGACCAUGCUGUCUUUGUGCAAAGUUACUACCUUGACAGAGAGGCAGGGAGAGCACCAGGGGACGCAGUUCACAAGAUCUACCCCGGAGCCCUCAUUAAGGUGUUUGAUCUCCGUCAGUGUCACAGGCAAAUGCAGCAGCAGGCAGUGACUGCACAGGCAGCAGCGGCUGCUCAGGCUGCAGCGGUGGCUGGGAGCAUCCCUGGGCCUGGUAGUGUUGGAGGAAUCGCUCCAGCCAUCAGUCUGUCCGCUGCAGCUGGGAUAGGUGUUGAUGACCUGCGUCGCCUGUGCAUCCUGCGCCUCAGUUUUGUGAAGGGCUGGGGACCCGACUACCCUCGACAGACCAUCAAACAGACACCGUGUUGGGUGGAAGUUCAUCUACACCGUGCCCUGCAGCUGCUGGACGAGGUCCUGCACACUAUGCCCCUCGCUGACCCUGGACCUGCCAACUGACCCACAGACUGCAGAAUAACAAGUUCUGUGACAAAAACAUGGAGGUCGACAGACAGAAAGAAACCUGCACAGGCAAAAAAAUGACUCAUAAUACCAAACACACACAUAAGCCAUCGUGCCUUCACAGACACAGUGUUUCCACAGACUUGGCCAGCAAAGUGCCACUGAACUGACCAGUGUUUAGUCCUGUCUUGGGUAUUGUUGACGAGGUUGUCAUGGUAACACAGACCAAAGGCCCCACUGAUGAGUAAACACUAAAAGUCCCGAUGUACUCAAA